ACCACCACCAUCUCAUCCAUUCCUUUUCUCUCUCUCUCUCUCUCUCUCUCUCUCUCUCUCUCAAGUGUGUACAGUGUGUGGCGCAACUGUAAACAUAUGAUGCAGAAGCAGAAGCAGUAGCCAUCCCCAAAAACAAGGCCCUGAGGGCUGCCAUUGCCUACCCAAAUAACCUAUCUUUCGUGCUCGGAGCCUUUGCUUCUGGAUGCUAUAAAUCUAGUAAAAGGAAAGCAACUUUGAGAUCAUCUCGCUCUCUCUCCUCCUAGAUUCUCUCUCUUUAACACUGACCAUAAUUUAUUCCUCUGACUUUUCCUUAGGAUUCUCCAUAGCUUCUUUCACCUUUUUGCUCCCACACCCCCUCCUUUUUAACUCCUAGUUUCUUCACUGCCAAUCUCAACACACCACCCUUUAAAUUUGCCAUCUUUCUUUCACCUUUGCAUUCAAAAUCCAAUCUUUCGAUUGGGUUCUUGUUCUUUUCUGCAAAAAAACCAGUUUUUGAAACUAACCCACAAAUCAAAACCCGAUCUUUUUAAUUGGGUUCUUGCUCUUUUCUGCAAAACCCAUUUUCUGCAACUGACCCACAAACACAAUGGAUGACUAUUACAAGAGGAGUGGGCAGAUUCCGGCGUUUGGGGACUGGGAUUAUGCAAACGAACUGCCAAUCACUCAGUAUUUCGAGUGUGCAAGACAAGCUGGUUUGAUCAGAUUCAGCUCUUCCUCCGGCGAGAGUACUGAUCAUAUGCGCCCUGACUUGUAUGCUGUUCCUGUCGAUCACUUCAAGAAGCCUUCUCGCAACGUUGCUCCUCCUCCAAAGGCAACAGGAGGAGGAGGCGGAGGAGGAGGUGGUGGUGGUGGUGGGGUAGGGAGGGAAAAGCGAGGGCAGCGUGCGCAUGUUAUGGAGCAAAAGAGGCAGCAAUCGAAGGGGACAAAAGUCUGUGACGUGACGGAACCGCCAACUAAGCCCUAUCACAGUCAACUCCAUGUUCAACAAACCAAUCGCACUCACCUCCACCACCACAAGAACGACACCGUUUCAAGACCCAAGCCUGUCGACGAAGAUCUCUACAAGAUACCCCCUGAGCUCCUCCACACUACCAAGCGGAAGAAAAUGCUGGGAUUGUUUGCUUGCUUGGUGCCUGCUUGUGCUUCAUGAAGCAAGAGGGGUUUCAAAACUCAUAGGAAUUAGAAUGCCUAGAGACCAGAAAAACUCAAGUGCCUUGGCGAUCUUUAUAUGUGUUGUUUUCUUCAACAUGUGUUAAUUAUUGUUCUUGUAGCUAGCUAAGAUGGAACCAAGCUUAUGAAUGAGUUGAAAAUUAGAUGUUAGUGCCAAAUUGUGACUUCCUUAUUUAAUUUUCCCCUCAUUUGUAACUUUGUUAUCUAUCUAUUUUGUAUUUAAGAAAUGAAAAUUUUCGAAAUGUCCGAGUUUAUCAAACAAA